UAGGAGUGAAGAGGGGUUGGUAAGAGCUCAGGCUUCCCAUUUCAGGGUCAUUAAUGCUUCCCUAAGGGGAAGAAGGGGCUGGGCUGGUGGCUCCAAUGCCCAUUCCUUCAUCUGUACUCAUUCUUGCAAAACAAAACUUGGCUGAGCUUUGGAUUGUGGUUAUUUGUGUCUACCUCCCAACGUCUUAUGAGUUCCUUGAAGGCAGAGGCCAUGUUUGACAUGUUGCUGAGUUUCUAGGGCACUGCAAGGGUUGUCGGCCACCAUAUUUCAUUGGUUGAGUCACCUGGGAAGCAGACCAAAGGGGACACAUUUCAAACAGCAGUCUGAGGACUUGGUGGUGAGAAAGAGCUGAUAGAGGUGGGCACCAGCUGGUGGAAGCCCAUAGAAGGGAUUAGCAGGGGAAAGACUCCAUGAAGAAAAUUCAGGAUGCUGCUUAACUACUUAGAGAAAGGUAAGAGAAUAAUCACUUAUUUGGGACUGUGUGAAGUGACUUUGAUCUACACCCCUUCCCCUAAUUCCCUCCCUGAUCCCCACUUUCUAAAUUUCCAACUAAAGGAACUAGAUACGAUCACAGAAUCAGAAUCUUGGACCUUAGAACUCGUCUGGUCUAAGUAUCCUUGAUGCAGGCAGGAACUCAGCCGCAACCUGCUCAGCCAAACCCACUUGCCUCUGGUGGUCUAUUUCCUACUGCUAAAAAGGCCUGUAGGGUCACAGUUAGGUCUCACUUUGCAUCAUCACCAGCAAGCGUCCUUUCUUUGUUUUCUCAUCUGUAAAGCCGGCUGGUGGACUAUUUCUGCGAUAUUCUUUGGUUCUAGGAUAAUUUGGGGAAAGGGAUCUCUUUAAUGCUUUGGAUAUUGCCAACAGAUAGAAAUCCUUUUAGAUAGGUGUUAUUUUUACUUUCAGUCCUUAAGCAAUCUAAGGGCAACAGAUAGGAAAAAGAAUGACCCGAAACUGGCUGUCUUUGUUCCCAACCAGGAACAGUGAAGGGAGGAGCCAGGUGGCCAUAUUUAUUUCUGUCAAUUGAGGGCGGCGAGAGGAGCUGAAGCCGCUCGCUGCCAUGCCUAGUGCUGGCAGGAUACGGUCGAGACCUCGCGCGCCGCUAGUCUAACAUCAUGGCUCUUCUUGCUCAUCCUAUCCGCUCUAGUUUUAAACCAGCCGUUUCGGGGUCCUCCUGGCCUCUCUCUGUCCCACGCCCCGAGGCUGGGAAGGCCUAAAGCGAAGACCGAGAACCCGGAAGUUGUGGUGACCUCCAAGCACGUGAUGAGGGACCCGCUGGUGUUGUCACGUGACCCGCCCACCUGCGGUACCUCGGGGCCGAACUUGCAGCUGCUCUUAAAGACCCUCAUCCGCCGGGGCAGAGCCAAGUCUGGACUCUCGCUGACUUUGAACUUUUCGAGGGAUCUGAACCCAAUGCCAUGGGAGGCUGUGCGGGCUCUCGGCGGCGCCUUUUGGAUUCCGAGGGGGAGGAGACCGCCCCCGAACCUCUGUCCCCUCUGUUAGACCGUCAGGGCGCCCUUUGGAAGAACGCGAUGGGUUUCUGGCUCCUUGGCCUUUGCAACAACUUUUCUUAUGUGGUGAUGCUCAGCGCUGCCCAUGACAUCCUUAGCCACCAGAGGGCGUCUGGGAACCAAAGCCAUGUGGACCCAGACCCAGCGCCCAGCACGCACAAUAGUUCAUCUCGAUUUGACUGCAACUCUGUCUCCACGGCUGCGGUGCUCCUGGCCGAUAUCCUCCCCACCCUGGUCAUCAAGUUACUGGCUCCACUUGGUCUUCAUCUGUUGCCCUACAGCCCCCGGGUUCUCAUCAGUGGGAUUUGUUGCGCCGGAAGCUUCAUCCUAGUCGCCUUUUCUCAUUCCGUGGGGACCAGCCUGUGUGGUGUGGUCUUGGCUAGCAUCUCGUCAGGUCUGGGGGAGGUCACCUUCCUCUCGCUCACUGCCUUCUACCCCAGGGCUGUGAUCUCCUGGUGGUCCUCAGGAACGGGGGGAGCAGGGCUGCUGGGGGCACUGUCCUACCUUGGCCUCACCCAGGCAGGCCUCUCCCCCCAGCACACCCUGCUGUCCAUGCUGGGUAUUCCCGCCCUGCUGCUGGCCAGCUAUUUCUUUUUGCUCACAUCUCCCGAGCCCCAGGACCCUGGAGGGGAGGAAGAGGCAGAGACAUCAGCGCGGCAGCCCCUGAUAGGCAGCGAGGCCCCAGAGGCGAAGCCAGACUCCAGCCCAAGCCUCUCCCUUCGGGAAAGGUGGACCGUGUUCAAGAGCCUGCUGUGGUACAUCGUCCCCUUGGUCCUGGUUUACUUUGCGGAGUAUUUCAUCAAUCAGGGCCUUUUUGAGCUCCUCUUCUUCCGGAACACGUCCCUGACGCACGCUCAGCAGUACCGCUGGUACCAGAUGCUCUACCAGGCUGGCGUCUUUGUUUCCCGCUCUUCUCUCCGCUGCUGUCGAAUCCGCUUCACGUGGGUCCUGGCCCUGCUGCAGUGCUUCAACCUGGCCUUCCUGCUGGUGGACGUGUGGUUGAGCUUCCUGCCCAGCAUCUACCUCGUCUUCCUGAUCAUUCUGUAUGAGGGCCUCCUGGGCGGUGCUGCCUACGUGAAUACCUUCCACAACAUCGCCCUGGAGACAAGUGAUGAGCACCGGGAAUUUGCCAUGGCAGCCGCCUGUAUCUCCGACACCUUGGGCAUCUCCCUGUCCGGGCUCCUGGCCCUACCUCUGCACGACUUCCUUUGUCACCUGUCUUGACACUCUGGCUUCUUGGGACACAGGACACACUAAUCUGGGUCCGCAUUGACAGGCGGGCGAGUCAGACCGCGGGCCUACAGCCCAGAGCCCAUUCACAAGCUCUGCCCUGGACUUCCCUAAACUGGGGUGCAGAGAAGUGCUGAGGUUCCGUUCCCCCUUGCGUGGGGGGCAGCCGUUUUCUCCCACUCCCAGGCUGGCCUUGGGGAGUUUCUUCACAGCAUUAUGUGUCCUUGGAAUAAAUACCUGUUUUAACAAUUUU